AUGCUACAUAUCUAUGUGACUUGUGGUUCACGGAAAUCAGGGACAGAUAAGAAGUGGGUUUUUGUGGCUGAUGGAGAAAAACGAGCUAGGUUAGUUGCUGUUGAAUCAAAUACGACUCUCGCAGAGUUAGAAACAAUGGUUCUAGAAGACUAUGGAGUAGUCGAUCACAAAGCUGAGUUUAGUUAUCUACCGAGUGAUUUGAUUGAUACUGUAGGCUCUCCACCAGUGAGUAUCGCUAAUGAUCGUCAGCUCAAAAAUUUUGUUGGGUACUCUAGGAAUAAAACCUCGGUAAAUCUGUGUGUGACAUUCACUGCGUACGCUGAACAUCCUGAGAUUCCGAUUAACAUCGAAUUGAUGAUGAAAGCCUCUGAUUCAAGCUGUAUUAAAAACGACCAGGUUGUGAAGUCAGACGAUGAUGAUAUUAGAGGCAUUGGCCAUAAAGUUGAGGAAGAGUUUGAUGAACCCGUUAUGGUUGAGAAAAAAGUUGAUGGUGAGCAAAACGUUCGGCUUAACUUGCUUGAUGUCGUAAAGAAAGAUCAAAUUUUUAGAAGCAAAACAGAGUUGAAGGCUUUUUUGGAAAUUUCUGCGAUGAAGUAUAAUUUUGACUACAACGUACUGGAAUCAACCAAACAUGUGUGGUGUAUCCGCUGCAAAGAGAAGUCAUGCAACUGGCGUAUUCGUGCACAGUGUCUUGAAGGGUCAGAGUAUUUCAGAAUCAACAAGUAUGUCGCUCAACAUACAUGCGCUCCUUCUAAUAAAGACGUAGUCGGUAGGACAGCUUCAGCAAAAACUAUUGGUAAUCUGAUUAAGAAUAAGUUUGAGGGUGCUAAUGCAGGACCUAGCCCUAGAGAAAUAAUUCAUUUUAUUCGUACAGAGCAUGGAUGUGACAUCUCUUAUGACCAUGCUUGGGAAGCACGUGAGUAUGCGAUUAGUAUUGUUCGAGGCAUUCCCGGGAAAAGCUAUGCCAAAAUUCCUAAAUAUUUGCACAUGCUGAAAGAAGCGAAUCCAGGAAUCCAUACGCAGUAUGAAACUGACAUUACUGGACGUUUCAAGUUUCUGUUCCUCUCUUUCGGUCAAUCAGUACGAGGUUUUUACAAAGCUAUUCGCAGAGUGAUUGUUGUGGAUGGGACAUUUUUGAAAAAUAAAUAUAAAAGAGUUUUGCUCGUUGCUACAGCAUUAGAUGGCAACUCGAACUUAUAUCCGAUCGCAUUUGGGGUUGUCGAUUCAGAGAACGACCUGUCUUGGGAGUGGUUUAUGAGGCAACUAAAAGUUGUCAUUGCGGAUAAGGUGCGUUUGGCUUUUGUGUCAGAUAGAAAUGUUUCUGUAAUUAAAGCACUUGAGAAAGUGUACCCACAAUCUAGCCAUGGUAUCUGGAUCCACCACUUGCUGAAUAAUGUGAUAACAUUUUUCAAGACACAGGGUUUGACUGGUUUGAUUGCGAAGGCUUCUAAAGAGUACAGAGUUUCUGCUUUUGAUACCAAGUUUGCUGCCAUUUGUUCUAUUAGUCCAGCUGUUGGAAAGUAUCUUCAGGACGCUGGUGUUGAGAAAUGGGCACGAUGCAAAUUCCCCGGAUUUAGCUCAAAGCAUCAGGCUCCUCUAACAGUUGAGGUUGAGACGAAGAUCGAGAGAAGGAUUGAUAAGGGUAAACCAUUCAUUGUUUACCCAGUUAGCCAGGAUCGAUUUUUGGUCAAAGGUGACAAAUAUGACUGUCUUGUUGAUUUGGACAGAAGAACUUGUUCAUGUGGCAAGUACGACUUGCUUAAAAUUCCGUGUCGGCAUGCAAUUAAAGCAGCGUUUUCUGUGAACCAGCAGAUACACAUUCUCACCGAUCAUUAUUACACUACUGAGGCAUGGAGAACAGCUUAUGAGGAAUGCAUUAAUCCAAUUGCAGGUCCAGAGGAUGAUUGGUGUGUCCCUGAUCAUGUUGAACAUGCCAAAGUUGUAGAACCGGAAUCACGACGAGCAGCAGGACGCAGGAAAAAACGACGAUAUGAAAGUGUGGAAGACAAGAUACGAGCGUCCCAAGGAUCACAACGGUCUAAGAAGCACAAGUGCAGUCGCUGUGGUAUCGAAGGACAUAAGAGAGGGACAUGUGACAUGCCAAUAUAG